AUGUCGGAAGGAGGCCCCUCAAGAGCGAACAGCUUCUGGAGUAAGACUACAGCCGCUGCAGGACCAUCAAGAGCUCCCAGCUUCUGGAGCAAGGCCACACCUGGACCAUCUCGUAACAACAGCAUCUGGAGCACUUCCGACAGCAUAGUACCAACCAGGAAUAACAGCACACACGCUCGAACCGAGAAAUCAGCAUACGUCCCACCAAACGAUACACCUGAAGCGAGAGCGGAAACACAACAAGAGAAAGUCGACUUCGGUCUGGGCCGAAUUGUGGGAGGAAGAUUUAUCGAGGGCAACAAGGAGGCAGUCUUGCACAGUGAUCAUGGACCCAUGACGGAGGUCGACAUCGACAUGCCUCUCACACUCACUGAGGUCGUUCAAAAGGAUGACAACGAAUAUAUUGUCCUGUCGUUUGCCAAAGGAGAUCCUGUCAAUCCUUUCAACUGGUCUCCGUGGUACAAGGCCAGUGUCACAACGAUGCUCAACCUGAUGACUCUGUUCAUUGGACUCGCGACCACGUCGUAUUCAAGCGGCAUUACGAAAAUGACUGCUGAAUUCGGUGUUUCAAAUAUCAUGGGACAGCUCGGUCUUUUCCUCUUCAACAUCGUCUGCGCAAUUGCACCGUUGAUCCUUGCUCCAUUCUGCGAGCUGGUAGGACGCCGAGUGGUCUAUGCCGGUGCCUACCUCUGCUUCUCCCUCUGCUUCAUCGGACUCGCCCUCGGCCAGAACAUCGGCACUAUCCUCGUUCUCCGUGCUCUCCUCGGCCUUUUCGGUUGUGUCGGAACGAUUCUCGUUGGUGGCACAUUCGAUGACAUGUACCUACCGCGUCAACGCAGUCACCCCAUGGCCGCGUUCAGCUGUAUCGCCAUCUUCGGCACAGUCGCCGCUCCAAUCUACGCAGGCUUCAUCGACCAAGCCAUCGGAUGGAGGUGGGUCCAAGGCAUUCAAGGAAUCGCCAACAUUCCGCUCCUCAUCUGCAUCUUCGUCUUCUUUCCCGAGACACGAGGCGGCGCAAAACUUCAUCAGCGCGCGAUGCAACUGCGCAAAACCACGGGCGACGAACGUUACGUCGCAGCCGACGACAUCGAGACUCCCGGCGUGAAAGAGAUGCUCAAAGCCUCCUCCGUUAAAGCCAUACGCAUGCUCGUCACUGAACCGGUGGUCUUCUCAUUCGGCUUGUGGAUCGGCUUCUGCUGGUUCGUCGUCUUCCUUUUCCUGUCCGUCAUCCCGAUCACCUUCCAGGAGAAGCGAGGCUGGAGCGAAGGAGUCUCUGGUCUGCCCUACAUCAGCUUAGCGAUCGGCACGGUCCUCGGCUGGGCGGCGCAUCACUUGCAAAUGCGAAAGUACGAGAAAAUCAUGGAAGAUCCAGACCGCAAAGCUACGCCUGAAGACCGGCUGUACGGAGCCAUGUUCGGCGCAAUCUGGUUCCCGAUCGGAUUGUUCAUGUACAGCUUCACACAGUAUGGCUAUCUUCCUUGGAUCGCGCCGACGAUCAGCUUGGCGCCGAUUGCAUUCGGAAUCUUCUUUGUAUUCGAGAGUACAUAUUCGUACACGGCGGACUGUUAUGGCGAGAGCUCGUCGUCUGCGAUUGCUGGACAGGGCUUGAUCAGGAAUGCGCUUGGUGCGGUGUCGCCGCUGUUCGCGAGUCAAUUCUUCCAUGGGUUGGGAAGUCAGUGGGCGGGUUUAUUGUUGGCUUUGUUGGGCUCUUUGCUGAGCAUGAAUGCGUUUGUGAUGUUCAAGUUUGGUCCGAAGUUGAGGGCGAAGAGCAAGCGAGCGAUCAGAUAUUGA